GUAACAGUACUGGAGUGAGGAUGAAGCUGCUGAUUGUCUUCGUCCUCAGUUGGAUCUUCUCGUGAAGUGUGUGAGAAUAAAUAUUAUUCUUUCCUCCCAACUCUAUUUGGAUGUCAGCUUCAAGCUCUAAAAACUAAAAAAAAGAUAUGGCGGUGAUAGUGGGUGUGUUUUAUAAUAUUUGAGGAAUCUCAACUCGUGAACAAUUCGUUUCAUCAAGUGUGAGGAGGUUCAAAGCCGAAGUUGUGCUUGAUCUGCUUCUAUUGUUAGACCACUAUGGCCUUUCUUUGCCCUGUGAGAAUCAAGAGAAACAAGAAAAAGAAGCCCUUGCACGAUGACUCUCUCCAAGGCCCGGUUCCAAGUAUGGGCCGCAUCACGGGCAGUGCCUCCAUCGAGACCUUGGUCAGGGUCGGUAUCGAAAAGGAAAAUGGUUUGGGACCCGAGUCCAAAAUGGUUGUGCUCCACGAUUUCACGCCCUGUGUGGAUGACGAACUGGAAGUCAAACGCGGACAGAUCGUACACGUUCUCUACCAGGAAAAUGAUUGGGUUUAUGUGAUAUCCGAGGAGAACAAGGAGGGAUUCAUUCCACAUUCCUACUGUGCUCAAUUUGGCUCUCAAUUGGCGGGCUUGGCACUCAACGUGAAGAAGAAAUUGCCCCGUGACGGCUCAGCUCCAUUUGGAAUGGGAGGGUCUGGAGGUGGGCCCGGAAAAGCCACCUCCAUGAAUGGAUUGCCCCAAAUAUCCAUGACCUCGCCCGGAUUGCCCUCAUCGGCCUCCCAAGGCAUGCCCCCGGGGGUUCCUAUGGGGACGAGUUCGGGGGGUCCGGAUCAAACGGAUUCUGAAAACAGCAGUUUAUUAAGACAACAUCAAAUGGGCCCGGGAUCCAUGGGGAAGAUGCUUCCCUCCUCAAAUCAUAACAACACACGUGGCAGUCAGCCACACCCACUCCCGCCUCACAACACGUCACAAAACGAUCCAUCCAGGUCAAAUUCGUUGAUGAGUGAAAGCUCAUCACAACCAGACAUUCAUCCGUUUUAUAAGGAACCAUCCGGCCGAUACAUUGUGUUAUACACGUAUCAAGCCCAAGACGAGAAUGACUUGAAUGUGGAGCGUGGACAAUGUGUGACUGUGCUCAACUCAGACGAUCCGGAUUGGUGUUGGGUGGCCAAAUAUGACCAAACGGAGGGCUUUGUCCCGUCCGGUUUCAUCUAUCCUCUGGAUGCCAUUCACAGACACCAAAAUCUUGUCAACGGCACAAACCAAGCCCACCCCCAACAUCCGCAACAACAGCAACAAAAGUCCAUCCACCAAUUGAGUGGGAAACCCGGCGCUCUUCCUAUGGGUCAUCCGACGAUGCAACAUCACGAGCAAGGCCUGCCCGUGCCUCAGGCCCAACCCCGUCCUCCUCCUCUCCUGAACAAUAACAACAUAGGCCAGUCGUCCGCUUACCCGGUCAAGGGUAAUUAUCCACCUCCUGACCACGGCUUCAACGGAUUGCCCACCGUCACCCGACCAAUGGGAAGUGUGGGCUCUUCCGGCCCCUCCUCCUUCUCGACUAGUGGAAUGAACAGUUUGGGCGUGGUGGGAUCAACGCAUAGUACGGCUGGUUUGCCAAUCUCCGGGUAUGAAGGCAACAACAACCCGGCACCACCCCCACUGCCUUCGAAUACGUCUUCGAAUGGGAAUGCCGGGGGUCCAUCGGGUGGUGGGGACAAUCGAUAUAGUGGAACCGAACUCGUCAUGCUCUACGACUACAAGGCUCAAGCACCGGAUGAUCUCAGUGUGCGCCGUGGAGAUUGGGUCUACGCCGAUCUAAGCAACCAGACCGUGGACGGCUGGCUAUGGUCGUACUCGCCCAAGACCCGGAAAUAUGGUUUCAUCCCCAAGGCCUACGCCCGACCACCCGCCAUGACCAGUUUGUGAACAAAUGACAUAGUCGUACCUGUGAUAUUGAAGAAAGCGAGGAAUUUUGACCCCCCUUCUUGGACAUGAAUGGCUUUUCCUCACACCUUUUUUGAGCGAGUUCUCGUCACUCAAUCGCGGGGGAAGAAUCAGUACAAAGAAAUCCCAGCCAUACAAACUACUUUGGUCCAUCCAUAUGUCAUGCAUUGGAAAUACCAAAUGUGUAAACUACGGUGCGCCACGGACGGAUAUGAACCAGACAUAACCAUACAUAUAUCAAAUGAAUAAUCAGUUUCAGUCGCAUUUGUUUGAUCUUUAUGCCACUUUUGAUGUGAUCGUACUGAAUAAACUCCUUCCCAAAAUCAAGUCUCGAGUAUAAAAAUGGCGAACUCGUGUGGACCCUCACUCAUUGUUCCACAACCAUGUCCAAGAGGUCCACCCUGUUUGAUGUCAUCUUUGUCUGCGUCGUCAUGUCCGCCAUUGUCCUGGCUUCAACGGUCGACGGACAGAUCACCUUCUCACGAGAUUGGUUGGCCGGCAGUGGUAAACGUUCACCGGUUACGUUUGAUCGCGAUUGGUUGGCAGGGAGCGGCAAGAGAUCUGUUGGAUCAUAUCCCGGAAAAGUGAUGCUUCCUCCGAGAGAAGCCAUCGAAGAGCUAGCAAACUAUUUGCUUCUACAACUAUCGGACUCUCCAAUGGCCAAAAUGUCAUUCAUGAAGCAUCUCCAAGGGCAUUCAGAGGCUUAAAAAGGCUUCAAGAAACCUGCCCAAGUUUUUCUUUGACAUUUUUUUCAUUCUCCAGAGAGGGAGGAUGUGUACGAUCAAUUAUGUUGAGCCCUUAUUUUGAUCCUUCAAGACUUUUUGCAUCGUCUCACGAUGGUCCAGGGGUGUGGAACUCGAUCUACCUUAUUAUGUCAAUUCUCUUCAUGUUUUGAGGCAGAAAAUUUGAAAUAUAAAUUCUUUAUAAGCAUCAAA